GCAGUUUGUAGCCAUCGAUGUUUCUGCAGUCGGCACACCGCCUGGGCUGGAUUCCACCCGGUAUUGUUUACUGAGGACCUGGCGCUGGAGGGCUGGGAAUGGAAAACAAGAAAUUUAAAAUCAAUCUCGACGAUUCUGCGUUCAACAGAGACAGAAGUCCGGUGGCCUCUCUUUUCAAGCCUUCUUCCGGAUUAGGCAAGGCAGAGACCUCGACUACCCACAGUGCACCUCGAACCGCCGGCCAGCCGCUGUCCUAUGCCGAGUUCAUCGUUCAGAGCAAAAGCAGAGCUAAAGAGAGACCUGGUGAUGGACCACAAACAGGAGAUCUUCCUCAGGAUGUGCUUAGAGCUGCAGGACCGAGAUCUGACAUCUCUCUCGAAUGUGGAUCGGUCACGAAACCUUCCACAGACGCUGGGAAAACUCGGACUAGCACAGUGGAGAGAGGGAGUCCAGAGCCAACUAUAGCACGGUCGGAGACUUCGGCGCUUCCAGGAAGACCGGAGGAGGAUGUGGGACAAGGGCAGAAAAUGGACGAAGGUCAAAGCACGGAGGAACGCACUGUUCUGCCACUGGCGGUUGGGUCCGGGAACAGCAUUAUCGUCAGCCCAAGACAGAGAGGAAACCCUAUUUUAAAGUUUGUCCGGAGUGUGCCAUGGGAGUUUGCAGAGGUGGUGCCUGACUAUGUCUUGGGUCGAACAACAUGCGCACUCUUUCUCAGUGUGCGCUACCAUACCUUGAACCCAGACUACAUCCAUGAGCGGCUGAAGCAUCUGGGCCACACAUUCACGCUCCGAGUGCUGCUCGUGCAAGUCGAUGUGAAAGAUCCUCAUCAUACACUGAAGGAGCUUGCUCGAAUCUGCAUCAUGGCUGACUGCACACUUAUCCUGGCCUGGAGCCCUGAGGAAGCUGGCCGUUACUUGGAGACAUAUAAAUCGUACGAGAAAAAGCCUGCAGAUCUGCUUAAAGAGCAAGUAGAGAAAGAUUACCUGUCUAAGGUUACUGAUUGUCUGACCACAGUGAAGUCCAUCAACAAAACUGACGCUAUCACACUGCUGACCACAUUCUCUUCUUUGGAGGGCAUCAUUAAUGCUUCAAAGGAGGAGCUGGUGCUGUGCCCAGGACUCGGGCCACAAAAGGCGAAAAGGCUGUAUGAUGUGCUUCACCAGCCCUUUCUGAAGUCUAAAAAGAACGAAAGCAGCUGAGACACCGACUCCGAUCAGAAAAAAGUCAACCAUUCCAAAAAAAGGAGAUCUUUAAGUGCACAUCACAAGCUUAUAUAAACCCUGUAUGAUACUGGUGCUUACAACCCGGGACUGCCUGAGAGCAGAGGAUGGAGGGAUAUGAGAGAUCUGCAGAGAUCUCUCUCAGAACAGACCUUCUCUCUGGAUCUUAAAAAAAAAAAAGACUCUACGGAGAGUUUGAGUGUUCUGAGGAGCCUGAUGAUCUGUUUUACUGUCAAAAUGAUGCAUAUGCAAAAAUAUCUUUUUAUAUAAAUGUGUGCAUUGUUAAAAUAAAGAUAUAUAUUUAUAGCAAGCGUCUGUUUUUAAAUAAUAAGUACACCCCGUGGAAAUUGUUGGCGUUUUUGACAUAUUUGGACAAGCAAACAUCUUUGUACAGUGUCUGUUAAUAAAGAUGCUAUAGUAGA